ACCACAUCAGCGCCUCGCAAGCUCGUCGCCGCUCGUUCGCCGCACCAUCGAGCAUCCUCGACGCACGCAGCUCGACGCGCCCUCACACGCACAGCAUGCGUCUCGCCUCGCUCUGCGUCGCGGCGGCGCUCGCGGCACUCGCCGUGCUGCCGGCCCGUGUGGCGGGCAUUGACCAGAUCACGCGCCGCGGCAAGUACCUGUACCGGCCCGAUGGCACGCGCUUCUACAUCAAGGGCAUCGCAUAUCAGGAAUCAGCGCCGACGGAGAGCGACUCGGAGACGGGCGGCUUCCCGGAGCCCACCUCGUUCGAAGACCCCCUCGCGCUGCCGGCGGCCUGCACGCGCGACGUGCCUUACCUGCAGCAGCUGGGCGUCAACACGAUCCGCGUCUACUCUGUCGAUUCGCAGCGGGACCACUCGAGCUGCAUGCGGACCUUUGAGGAGGCUGGCAUCUACGUCAUUCUCGACCUCGGCCUGCCCGUCAAUGGCUCCAUCAAUCGCGCCGAGCCCUCGUGGGACACGGCACUUCUGGAGCAGUAUCUCUCCACCGUCGAGGCGUUCGGCCAGUACGACAAUGUCCUGGCCUACAACGUGGCUAACGAAGUCGUCACAACCGACGCCACCACCGCCGCGCUGCCCUUUGUGCGCGCUGCCGUCCGUGACGUGAAGUCAUAUCUCCGUUCGCGCGGUAGAAGCUCGCUUGUCGCCUAUUCGGCCACCGACGGGCCCUCUGGCCCGUCCGGACGCCGCUCCAGCGUUGCGCGCUACCUCUCGUGCGGCGACGAGGCUGAGGCCGUCGACCUGCUGGGAAUCAACAGCUAUAGCUGGUGUGGCAACUCAAAUGCUGCGGCUGCAGGCUUCGACGACCUGGCAUCUGACUUCGAGCAGCUGCCAGUGGCCACCUACUUUGCAGAGUUCGGGUGUGCGACGCAGGGCGCCGACGCGCGUCCGUGGACCGAGGUGGCGGCUCUCUUUUCGCCUCCCAUGACGGACUCCUUCAGUGGAGGAGUGGCCUUUACCUACUUCCCGAAGGACCCGGAAGCGGCUGGUCGGGACUACGGCAUCGUGGCGUUUGCCAGUGAUGCCGGAAACGACGGAGACGUGCGCCAGCGCAGCGACUUUGGUGCGCUCGCCGACCAGUUCCGAAACGCCACCGGACCUGCGGCCCCUCCGUCGCCCGAGCCGACGACGUCGACGACCUGCCCGUCUCAGAGCGACAGCUUCUUGGCGGCCGAGGCACUGCCGCCGACGCCCGACAUUCAGCUCUGCCAGUGCAUGGAGGACAGCGCAUGGUCCUGCCUGCCGACAACGCGCACCGCGGGCGACUCGGACGCCAUUGGCACGCUCUUCGACUCGGUGUGCGGCCUGCUUGAUCGCAACGACGCGCCUGUGGGCUGCGACGAGGCCUUGACUGCGGAUGGCGCCGCGGGUGUCUACGGCAACUGGAGCAUGUGCGCGCCGGCGCAGCGCUUGAGCUGGGCAUUCGAUGCGUACUGGCAGCUGUUCCGCAACGAGCCCAGCGCCAACGCAUGCAACUUCGACACUCAGGCCACGCUCCGCGCCGACCCCACCAACAACGACGCCGACGCCGCCGCAGCGACGGCGAGCUGCAUUGCUGGUAAUCAGGCACCCACUGCCGUCUUCACGCCUCAGCUGCCGUCGAGCACGGCGAGCAGCAGCGGCGGCGGCAGCGGCGGCAGCGGUGGAGGCAGUGGCGGCAACACCGGUAGCGGCGCCUCGACCGGCGGCGGUCCUGACGCCGCAACGGCCCCGGCCUUGUCGCUUCUCGCCGUCGCGGCGGCCUUCGGCGCCGGCGCCUUCAUCCUGCUCUGAGCGGCUGCAAGCACGCACCUCUCUCCUUGGCCCUGACCCACCUCUCAUUCCUGCUUGCUCAUCGCUUCGUCUCGCCGCACUCCGGCUCUGUAUCCCGGUCGCCCGUCACUGCGCUUUCUUUGGUCGGUCUCGCACGCCCUCGUGGGCUUCUGCUGCAACCCCUCGUCACUCUCUUCACCUCGAUCAUGAAUGCACGUCGUUCUCCCCGCAUGUGUAUGUGUCUGUGACCUCGG